CCCCUUUCGUGAAGGUUGUCUUUUCAAGUGCAUCGAGAUAUUGGAGGCAGAUAUGAUAUGAUUAGAUCAGACGUGUGAUACAUCAACUGAUCCAUCACACACUCGUAGGUCUCUCAUGUCCAUCCAUUUGAUAGCGCUGGAUAGCAUUAACACAGAAAAUACAUGGGGCGGAGAGAUAGAGGUAAUAGAUGAUGCAGCAAAGCAAGUCCAUGAUGAUGAUGACGAAGCAAGAGAGAAAUCAGUGUCUGGCCUCGAAGGGGUUGUGAUACGGCACGUGUUCGGUGGGCGGGUCGUACGGCCGCUCGGCGUUGUACUCGGGAGGGUGCGAGCCGUACGGCUGCGUCUGCUGGUACUGGUACAUCGGGGGGACGCCCGCCGCGCCGCUCUGCUGCGGCAGGUUGAGCUGCUUGUACACACCGCGCGACCGGGUACGGCGAGACUGGAAGAUCCAGGCCCCGAGGACAAGCAGCACGAGCCCGCCGAGGACAGAGGCUGCGAUGAUGUAGUACGUCCGAUGCUUGUUGAACGAGUCGACGAGGCUGUUGCCAGAGCUGUCCGACGUCGUGGGCUGGCUGGCCGGGGCGAGCAGGACCGUGCCGUUCGUCGUGUCGACGCCACCCAGCCGGGAGUUGACGAAAUCAAGAUGAGCUAGAUGGAACGGGUCAGGUCCCACGGUGCGUUGAGAACCAAAUCACAAACCAUCAGUAGUGUUGGUAGUCGAUAGGAAUUGGAUGUACGGAUCGGCCUUGGUCGUCGCAUGGUCGACAAAGUCACCAAAGUUGACCAAAGUGUACACGUUCCGGAGGAACGCCAUUCCGACUAUGAUGUCGUACGAAGGAUCGGAGCCAGUGUUGAACGAGACAGGCUGGAA